GGCCUCCGCAGGACCCAUGGCGGAUUCCUCGCCCGCGCUGUCCCUGCGGGAAGGCGGCCCCCGAGCCCCCCGGCCCUCGGCUCCCUCGCCGCCCGCGCGCUCGCGCUCGGGCUCGGAAUCCGAGGAGGCCGAGCUGUCGCUGAGCCUGGCCCGCACCAAGACCCGCUCGUACGGCAGCACUGCCAGCGUGCGGGCGCCGCUGGGCGCCGGCGUCAUCGAGCGCCAUGUGGAGCACCGGGUCCGCGCCGGCGACACGCUACAGGGCAUCGCGCUCAAAUACGGAGUCACGAUGGAGCAGAUUAAAAGGGCAAAUAAACUGUUUACGAAUGAUUGUAUAUUUCUGAAGAAAACUUUGAACAUCCCAGUUAUAUCAGAGAAGCCUUUGUUGUUUAAUGGGCUUAACUCAAUAGAUUCUCCAGAAAAUGAAACUGUUGAUAGCAGUUUUUCUCAUGAAGAAGAGCCAGCAGCAGCUGGAGAAGACCUCUCUCCUUCCAGUCCUCAAGAAUCUGAUGUUCAGCCUGUACAACCUGAAGAAGUGUCAGCUAGAGAUUUCCUGCAGAGACUAGACUUGCAGAUUAAGUUGUCAACACAGGCAGCCAAGAAACUAAAAGAAGAGAGCAGAGAUGAAGAAAGUCCUUAUGCAGCUUCCCUCUAUCACAGUUAGAUGAUCAGGGACGAUAAUCUAACCUGGAUUAAAAGGUGGUUGGAUCAUGAAGAAACCAACAACUAAAGAUUCAAAAGCAUAUACAUCCUUAAAUCACAACCAAAUAGUUUCACCUACUGCAAUUGCACUGACGUGAUUAUUUCCUCUGGCUUUCUAUGAUUUUAAGUCUUUAUUAUGGCAUGAGAGCAAAAUCGUAUCCUAAAGAUCAUCACUUUUGUAGGUGAUGGUAGUUUUUAGACUAGUUUUUGUAAAUACUAGUUAACAUAAAGCAUCAAAGACUAUAUACAUAUUCAAGCUGAAAACAGUGUUUAUCUUCUGAAAAAUCCUAAUGAUGUGAAAUAUAUGGUUGCUGUUUAAGUGAUGCUGAUUUUGCUAUGUGUUUAUAACUUAAGUGCUAUAUAUAUAUAUAUAUAUAUAUAUUUCGAUAUGUAUUGCAAUAUUCUGUAUUAAUAUAAAGAACCAAAUUUUGUCUGCUAUUUUGUAAGAAUAAACUACAAAAGCCUGAAUGAGAAAAUAAACUAUGUUUUCAUA